CAUCGCGAUGUAUUUUAUGUCAACUUGGCUUAGUUUGCAAAGACUUCAUCGUUAGUGUUACCCCUUGUGUGAAGUGGUAUCGUCUAUCCAACAUGGCUCCAAAGUGACUGAAAACUCGUGCAACUCCGUAAUAAAUCGUUCAGAUUUAAUCAUUUCCGCCAUGACAUUUAGCUCAUGACCUUGUAUCCAUUAUUUCGAGUAACAAGACAACUUCAGACCGUACGAACGACGACCCUGCCGCCGAGGAAAGCCGCAAACAUGGCCCGGGAAGUAACGCUGCCGACUUCCGGGUCAGCAGACGACGGCGAGUUUUACGUCUGCAGUUGUUUCUUUACCAAUAAUUUCUACCUGAAGGACUACAACGUGCACGUGGUGUACAGGGAUGACGUGCAGUUUGGAGAGGAGUACAAGCAGGUAAUGAACAAAUAUGGAUGUGGUACAGAUGAACAAUGGAACCAAGUCCUUGCACAGGUAAAGAGUGAGUUAGAGAGAAGACAUAACUUAUUUCAGCAGUCUCUGGAGAAAAGCAGGCAGAUCAGAACACAGUACAGACCACUUCACCCUCAAGUGUACACAUUACAGAAAUCCUUCUUUGCACCAGAGUUCCUGGAGUUUGUUGAACUGUCCAGGAGAAUUGACACUACUCCAGAAGAUGUCAUGAAAUUUGUUACCUCUAAGCCAGAUAACAGAGUUUAUGAGUUUCCUGUCUUCACUGAGCAUUUCUGUCAACUAUUCAUGGAAGAAAUCACUCACUUUGAAGACAGCAAUCUUCCUAAAGGCAGACCCAACACAAUGAAUAACUAUGGAAUUCUCCUGAAUGAGCUUGGCUUCGAUGAAGGUUUCAUCACACCACUGAGGACUGACUAUCUACGACCCAUCUGUAGACUCCUGUAUCCAGACUGGGGAGGAGAUGCACUGGACUCUCAUAAGGCAUUUGUGGUGACAUACAAGCUAGGAGAGGAUCUGGACCUGAGCUAUCACUAUGACAACGCAGAAGUCACACUGAAUGUCUCCCUGGGGAAGGACUUUGAAGAGGGAUCUUUGUACUUUGGAAACAUGAGACAGGUUGUACAGUCCCAGCCCAGUUACCGUGAACACAAGCACCGUCCCACGUACGGGCUCCUACACCGCGGCCAGCACAAACAUGGCGCCAUGCCGAUCGACGAGGGAGAACGCUACAAUCUCAUCAUCUGGAUGAGGUCAUCUAAGGUCAGGAACCAACUCUGCCCCAUGUGCGACCAAAAACCGACGCUGGUGCGGACUGUGGGGUUCGGAGACGGUUUUACGAAAGAGACGAAAACUGUAGACGUGUGUUGUGCAAGCUAGCAUUGAAUCCGUACUUACUCAAGAC